AUGGCUCUGGGGCUGCUCAUCGCCGUGCCGUUGCUGCUGCAGGCGGCGCCCCCCGGCGCGGCGCACUACGAGAUGAUGGGCACCUGCCGCAUGAUCUGCGACCCGUACAGCGCCGCACCCGGCGCGGGGCCCGCGGGAGCCAAGGCGCCGCCGCCCGGACCCAGCACUGCCGCCCUGGAAGUCAUGCAAGACCUGAGCGCCAACCCCCCUCCCCCUUUCAUCCAGGGACCCAAGGGCGACCCGGGGCGACCCGGCAAGCCCGGGCCGCGGGGGCCCCCUGGAGAGCCGGGCCCUCCUGGACCCAGGGGUCCCCCAGGGGAGAAGGGCGACUCGGGGCGGCCCGGGCUGCCCGGGCUGCAGCUGACGGCAGGCACGGCAGGCGGUGUCGGGGUGGUAGGUGGCGGAACCGGGGGCGGUGGCGACUCUGAAGGCGAGGUGACCGGCGCGCUGAGCGCCGCCUUCAGCGGUCCCAAGAUCGCUUUCUACGUGGGUCUCAAGAGCCCCCACGAAGGCUACGAGGUGCUCAAGUUUGACGACGUGGUCACCAAUCUCGGCAAUCACUACGACCCCACUACCGGCAAGUUCAGCUGCCAGGUGCGCGGCAUCUACUUCUUCACCUACCACAUCCUCAUGCGCGGCGGCGACGGCACCAGCAUGUGGGCGGACCUCUGCAAGAACGGGCAGGUCCGGGCCAGCGCCAUCGCUCAGGACGCCGACCAGAACUACGACUACGCCAGUAACAGCGUGGUGCUGCACCUCGAUUCAGGGGACGAGGUGUACGUGAAGCUGGACGGCGGCAAGGCGCACGGAGGCAAUAACAACAAAUACAGCACGUUCUCCGGCUUUCUUCUGUACCCGGAUUAGGAGCGCAGGCAGCGCGAGGUGGAGUGGCUUCGGGCAGCCCUGGGCCCGUGGCGGAGAGCUGUUCCCUGGCUGGAGAGGACCACUCUCGCUUCAUAACUCUUCCUGAUAUCUAUGGAAAAGACACAUCCCUGCUGUCCUCCCUGCCCCCCUCCAGACCUCAGUGUGUCUGCAACUCACCAAGCUCGCUCAGCUCUGGGCUGUCCUCCCGGUCCCUGUCCCCAACCUGGGGAGGGAGAAGGGGAUGCCCUAGUGGCGAGGUGAGCGGGAACCUGAACCCCCGGAGGUGGAGGCAGCUCAGUGCAGACUUUGCAAACGUGAUUGGACUGGACAGGCCCGGCGGGAGGCCUGCCCUUCCAGCCCUCCUCCCUCUCCGAGUGCCCUGAGACGGAGGGCUCCCAGCCCUGGCCAUCGAGGUAGGCCAAAGUGAGCAGGAGCUCCCUGGGGCAUCCUUCUUCGUGACCCCAAAAUACCUGUGCAAAUUUCCCUGUCCAUCAGCCAAAACCACCCGCAGCAGAAUCCCAGCAAACGGAAAAUUCACCUCUCCACCGCACUCCCGGGUCAGACCCACCUUGAUGCAUUAAAUUAUGUUUUUAG